CUCCAUGUGUUUACUGUGAGUGCCUACCAAGGCCUGGUCCUGCCUGAGGCCCUGCAAGACUUCUUCAGCCAAACUUUGACCCAAGUUCUGACCUACAACCCUCAGCUCAAAGUUUCCGAUGCCAUUCCUCUCCAGAGAGAGUGGAGCUUUGCUCGGACAAAUGCGGUGCUCGCCUUGCUCUACCGCAAAUUGUUUGUGCCCUUCAAGCCGGAGGAGUUGGUCCGCCAUUUGCAGCACGUCCUGGAGACGAGCGAAGUCAACUGGCAUCACGUCCUCUCCUGCGUUUCCACGCUGCUGGUCUGCCAGUCGGGAGCCGCACCACUGAUUAAAGACUUCCUGAGCCAUCUGCUGAAGAAAGGCUUUGAGGACUAUGACUUGGAAAGCAUGAUGACGGCGUUCCUGAUCGCGCGCCAGGCUGGCCUGGAGGGUCCUGCCGUUUUCAUGCCUUACGCAGAAUGGUUUAAGGUUGCCUUUGGGAGCUCCAGCGGCUUCCACAGCGGCAGCAAGAAGGCCUCGGUCUUCCUCUUCAAGUUCCUCUCGGAGUUGGUGCCUUUCGAAGCCCCACAGUAUUUGAAGGUGCACAUCAUGCUCCCGCCGUUUGUUCCGGCCAAAUACCGCCCGCUGCUCCUGGAAUACAUCUCUUUGGCCAAAACCCGUCUGGCCGACUUCAAGGUUUCCAUAGAAGACAUGGGCCUCUAUGAGGAUUUAUCUUCCCCAAAGGAAGCCGUCCAGCCUCAAUGCCAGGCCCUUCAGGAUGUCGAAAAGGCUGUGCAGAUAUUUGAAAACACGGGGAGGAUCCCAGCGAGUGUCAUGGAAGCCAGUAUUUUCAGGCAGUCCUACUAUGCAACGCGUUUUCUUCCCGCUUUGCUUGUGCCGCGUCUGCUUCCGGAAAGACCAGAUCCCCGCAUGGCUUUGAUAGAAUCCCUCAGAAGGGCUGAAAAGAUUCCUCCAAAUGCGUACAAAACAUAUAUCGAAGAAUGCCGAGUUGCAAAAGAGAAGCUCUUACAAGAUGGAUCGGUCGAAAUGGAGACGAGCGAUUUGAAAGAGCCUUUGGAACUGCUCACAGCUGAGCUUGAGAUACUCCGAGAGUUGAUUGCGGAUCAAGAAAAGCAGGAGGAGCUUCCGGUUCAGAUGGCUCGUGUCUCGGAGGCACUGGCGGGUGUCCUGGGACCCACCAACGACCAGGAGGAAGCAGAUUCUGUGGACGUUAGGAUCUGCUUGGAUCUUUCUGUUCCUGAAGUCCCACAACAGCAUCAAGAGGCUGUGGAUCUUCUGCUGACGGCGUUUUGCAAGAAUGUCAUGUCUGCGUCGUACUUCCUGCCACCAGAGAGGCAGGGCUCCUGGGCCUCUCUCUUUGCCAAAAUGCUUUGCAGACACCGCCGGGCCCUGCCCUCCUUGCUGAGCCGCCUUUGCCAACUUAUUCACCAUCAGGGCUCUUCUCUCAGGGACGCUCACAUCAUGGGCUUGGCUGUCUUUGCGAUCCACUUGAACGAAGCCAAAGCGUCCAUCCCAGCCAUCGACCUCUGCUCUUCGCUGGACCCUUCCUGUGCUUCCACGAGAGGCCUUUCUGUAUCCGAACUCUGGGAUUACUUUUUGGAUUGCCAGGCAGGACAGUCUGCCACCUUCUGCAUGAAGUUUUGUGUUGUGGCACUUUCUUACUUUCUCUGCAAGUUUGGCUCCCUUCCCCAUGACUCCUUAUGCUCCGUGCUUCAUCCUGGUUUUGUGAAAAAGCUUCAGUACGUCGUGCCCCUUCUUUGCUCGGAAGCCCGAAAUACAAGCUGGGAAGGCAGCAUGGAUGAUGACCUUCCAUGGAAAACAUUAUCCCGCCCCAGCUUCUGCUACUCAAAAGCUGCCUUGUGCUUAUGGAAGCAUCCCCUUUUCAAAGAACUAUUGUGGGAAAAAGCCUUCCAGCUGACUCUCCAAGAAUGGCUUCUGAUGGAACUGGCAGUCUGUCCCGACGAAGACGUUCUUUCUGCCGUUGAGAGGCAGGACUUCCAUUACUGGGCUCUGUACCAGCACUUUCUUCCUCUGUCUGUCGCUGCUGGCGGCUGCGAGGGAGACCUAAGAGAGGCCUGCGCCGUUCUCCUUGACGCCGUCUUGGAUUUCGGACAGAGGGGCUCAGUGAUACACACAUCAAGGUCUGAGUUGGGAAAGUGUAACCAUCCAAAUAAUCCCAAACGUUCCACAUUCCAGAGGAGAGGGAACCCCGAUAUCUACGCCAGAUUGCAGGAGAUGCUGCUGGAGCUGGAGCUGGAGCGCAGGAGAGCCUGGCCUGUGUCCGGUGGCGGCAAAGAGGAGCUCCUCUUGUUCCGGGUUUUCCAGAAGAGGCUCAAAGGGUUGAAGAGCGGGGAAGAAAUGCACCGGCAGCAAGAACUGUUCCUUCAAACCAGGUGA